CCUCUAAUCUGGUUUUCUGGAAAUCCCCGAAGUGCACGCUUUUCCACUGGAAAACAUUUUGCUUUCUAGCUGCUGUUUCUUUGACACUUUUGCAUUGACAGAGAACCUAGGUGCUGCAAGAAAAUAUUCAUCACCGGGAGGCGAGAUCGGAUCGCCUUUCUUCAUCUCCUGCCUAGAGUCCAUGUGUCCAGUCCUCCCCUCCCAUCGGUCCAGUGAGCAGUCGAGAGUCAACAGAUACAGGAUGGAAGAGCAGGAGUUGAGCUUCCCCAUGAGCCAGGGGUCCUUCCAGCAGCUUUGGGAGACCAACAUGUCUACUCAGGGGUCCAAUAUUCCACCGUUUGGGACUGGAAACUGGUCUGACCUGGAUGUCUCGCUCGCUCCCGUACUUCCCGAGGCCACCUUCCACGAGGACUUUGACGAGGGGCUGUUUGAGCUGCCUGAUCCCCUGGCCGUGGAGCCCUUGAUGUCGCCCCUGGACAGCGUGCCUCCCCCCUCCACCGUCCCCUCCACCAUCGACUACCCGGGGGAGCACGGCUUCCAGCUGCGCUUCCACAAGUCUGGCACCGCCAAGUCUGUCACCUCCACCUAUUCUGUGCAGCUGAUCAAGCUGUACUGCCAGCGGGCUAAGACCUGCCCGGUGGAGGUGCUGAUGACCAAGGAGCCCCCGCCAGGAGCCAUCCUCCGUGCCACCGCCAUCUACAAGAAGUCAGAGCAUGUGUCCGAAGUGGUCAGCCGCUGUCCCCACCACCAGAGCACGUCUGAUGGCUAUGAAGGUGUGACCCACCGCAGUCACCUGAUCAGGGUGGAGGGGAGCCAGCGGGCUCAGUACCUGGAGGAUGGUAACACCAAGCGUCAGAGCGUGCUGCUGCCUUAUGAGCCUCCUCAGCUGGGCAGUGAGGCAACUACUGUUCUCCUGAACUUCAUGUGCAACUCCAGUUGUAUGGGUGGUAUGAAUCGACGGCCCAUCCUCACCAUCCUGACGCUGGAGACCCAGGAUGGUCAGGUUUUGGGUCGCCGUUGUUUUGAGGUCCGAGUCUGUGCCUGCCCCGGCCGGGACCGCAAGACCGAGGAAGAGAACGCUAACAAAGCUCUGAACGGGACCAAGAACACCAACGGCACCAAGAGAAAGUCCCAACAGUCCCUGCCGCCUCCGGGAACCAGUAAGAAGAUCAAGAGCGGCUCCAGCACUGAGGAUGACGACAAGGACAAUGUAUUCUUGUUGCAGGUUCGUGGAAGAGCGCGCUAUGAGUGGCUCAAGAAGAUCAAUGACAGUCUGGAGCUGAUGGACCGCAUUCCUCCUGCUGAGCAGGAGAAAUACAAGAAGAAAGGUUUCUCAAAGAGCCGCAAGCAAGAAGCGUUGGCCCCAAAGAGCGGAAAACGGAUGCUUACAAAGGAGGGGAGGAGCGACUCCGACUAAGGCCAGGACACCUCAGUCCUUCCCUACUGUCUAUUCCAGACCAACAUUAAAUUGUGACUCCAAAGUAAAUGCCCAAUACCAAACCCUAGGCAAUACAUGUAGUCACUUCUUACAAGUCCGAAAGGAUAGGUAUUAGCAAGAUGGUAAUAUCUCCAGCUAGGCAGCUAUACUCAACAGGCUGACCGCGGUCCAAAACCCGGACCAGAACGUUGUCAAUACGCCCCAAAUAUUAUAAUAUCCCUUGGUAUCAUAUGAACACACAAGGCAUGGCAAAAUGUGUAGAAUUGUGGGAAAUGAGCUUUAACACUACAAAAAAUGUCUGCCAACAAGAGGGGUGUAAAUAGUUUGGGGUUGCAAGUUGGGGGUUCUUCACUACACUGAUAAAUGGUAAAGGUCCGGAUGGAUAUUGUCAUCUAGGAAAUUUGUGUUACCAGACCUUCUCAUAGUACUUGGGUACAAUGGUAGAAUUGUAACCAUAUUUCAGAUGCCAGUCACUUUCGGUACAAUACAAAGUGUGUGUAAGUGUAGGACCUAGGGUUUGGAUUGGGUAAAUAGGCUGACCACCACCAUGCCAGUCACUUUCGGUACAAUACAAAGUGUGUAAGUGUAGGACCUAGGGUUUGGAUUGGGUAAAUAGGCUGACCACCACCAUGCCAGUCACUUUCGGUACAACACAAACUGCCUAAGUGUAGUCCCCCCCCCCACUGCCUUAACCAUCUGGUGUGACUUCCUCCUCACCUGCCCCCCAAUGAGCACUUUAGCUUGUGCUUUUAUGAUUUGGACCAAUUAAAACUAGUUAUAUCUUGACCUGCCUAGAAACUAUGCUUUGUUACCAGUUAAUUGGCCAAUUGCCUGUUAGUAUUUUUGAUACCUGCUAAACAUAACCACUGCCUUCAUUCCUCCCCCUGAACCCUUGACCUGGUUCCCUGUUAAUCAUGGUCCUAUUGAGGCAUUGGUCUUCUUUCUUUUUUCCCCAUUUUUGUACUGCUGAUCUAGGAACUAUUUUUGUAAGUUCUUUUAGGAACUGUUAAAUCAUUUUGUCUUCUCAGAAUGUUUUUUUCUUUGUUUUCAAUAAAUGUUUUUUUUAUUUUGUACUAAUUCCAGCAUUUGUCCAAUGUCUUUUCUCUCUCCUAUGCAGAGUUCUGAUACUGUGCUUAUGAUAUACUUGAUUAAGCACAUUUUAUAUUGGUUUACUUUAUGGUUUUCUGAUGGAAACUCUUUUUGCUGAUGUCAUUUGGUGCUGAGACAUGAUGCUCUUUUGUAUAGGGAAAAGGGAAACAUUUCAGGGAACUUUAAAAAAUCAAAUAAAAGCAAUUUCCUAAAUA